AUGUCAUAUGGACUCUGGUUUCCUUGUCUGUGUUGGGUGAGGUUAAUUAAAGUGCAUUGUACUUUUUUAAAACCCCCUCCGAAAACCUACAAAAAUGACUGUGUACUUUACAAAUGGUCGUUUAGUGUGAAAAAAGUACAAACGGUACUUUUCGAUUUUUUAAAAACAGGGGGGGUGAAAAAAGUAAACGGUAAAAAAAAACAGCCAAAGCAGAGGAAAAGUACAUAUAAAAAUCAAUAUUUUAUCAAGACUAAGUAA